GUACGGCAUUACGUACACGUAUUCAUGCAUUAAUCUAUAAUCAAGGUCUGCCCAGUAUAUUUCUUACUAUAAAUCCAGCCGACAUUCACAGUCCUGUGGCAUUAUAUUUUGCGGGAGUCAAGUUGGAUUUAGAUAACAUUCAAAUAUCGCAACUGAUGACUACUUACAAAAGAGCCGAAAUUAUAGCUUCUCAUCCUGUUGCUACCGCAAAAUUUUUUCAUUUAUUAAUUUCAAAUAUCUUAAAUACUAUGAUUAGUAAUGGUGUUCUUGGGUCAAUAAAAGCUUAUUUUGGUACUGUUGAAAGUCAAGGACGAGGUUCGCUUCAUUUACAUCUUCUUAUUUGGCUUGAUCAUGAAAUGAAACCAGCUGAUAUGAAAGAGAAGAUUCAAAAUGCUGAUUUUCGCGAAAAAUUAAUAGCAUAUUUAGAAGAUAUUAUCAAAGAAGAUUUGGAUGAAUUCAAAGAUAAACAUGUCUUUGAGAAUUUAGACAUGACAAGAACAUUCAAUACUCCACCACGUUUAUCACAAGAUAAUAUUUAUGCGGCCUUACGUACUAUUGAUUUGACAGGUUUAGGCGAAAAUAUAAAUAAAUCACCUGUUUGGUCAACACCAAUCAAGCAACAACUUUCUUCGUCAACUCCUUAUGCUUCACCUUCAAUUCCUUACGCUUCUCCAUUAUGGAAUAAAUCGUUACAGACACCCACACGUGAUGGACCAACAUCUAUUAUGAAUGUUUUACACAAUCAAUCAAACAUAAAUCCAGCUUGCUUACCAACUCCAAAUCCAUCAUCGCCUAAUUUUGCAGCACGCUUUCGUGCAGAUGUGGUACAACUUGUGGAAACAGACAACAAGCACAAACAUAGUGACACAUGUUACAAGUAUUGUGAUCCUAAACAAGGUGACAAGAAAAUUUGUCGAUUGCUUAUGCCACGUAAAUUGGUGCCAGUCUCGACAAUUGAUCCUGAUACUGGCCAUAUUUCUAUGCGACGAUCGGAUCCAUGGAUUAACAAUUUUAAUGAAUACAUUAUUUCGGCUUGUCGGUCCAACAUGGAUAUUAAAUUUAUUUGGAGUGGUAGUGAUGCAAAGGCUCUUGUUUAUUAUAUUACCGAUUAUGUCACAAAGAUGAGUCUCUCUUUUCAUGAUACAUUUGCUCUUGUACAAAAAAGUAUAACAUCGUUCCAAAAUUCAUUGCAACAGACAAGCAAGGAAAGUGCAAUCGAGAAGUCACGUAAACUCGUUUUACGCUGCUACAAUACACUUGCUUCUCAACAAGAGCUAUCUGGAGUUCAAGUGGCGUCUUAUCUCAUGAAUUGGGAUGAUCAUUACACAACACACAAAUUUCAAAGUCUCUUUUUAAUUCAAACUGAACGGUUUUUACAAGCUCAAUUAAAUGAAAUAUGUGCCAAACAAAAAAUGGAACUUGCAGCGCACGCUGUAAUAUAA